AUUAAUUAAUGGCUGGAACAGGAUAUGAUCGUCAACUUACAAUCUUCUCACCUGAAGGAAGAUUGUAUCAAGUUGAAUAUGCCUUAAAAGCAACUAAAUGUGAAAGUUUAACAACAGUUGGUGUAUGUAGUGAUGAAGCUGCAUGUAUUAUAACACAAAAGAAAUUACCAGAUAGAUUAGUUGAUCCAUCAACAGUCACUCAUCUUCAUCGUAUUUCAAAACAUGUUGGUUGUUGUAUGUCAGGAAUAUAUGCGGAUGGUAAAGUUAUUGCUCAAAGGUCACAGUAUUAUGCAAGUAAGUUCCAAUUAGAUUAUGGCUAUGAAAUGCCUGUGUCAUUAGUAGCAAAGAAAACUGCUGACUUUGCUCAAAUGUUAACACAACAUGCAUAUAUGAGACCUUUUGGUGUAUCUUCAAUGUUUAUUGGAUGGGAUGAAGUUUCAGGACCUCAACUUUGGAGAAGUGAUCCAGCAGGUUCUGUUGCUGCUUUUAGAGGAUGUGCAGCAGGAGAGAAAGAGCAAGAAGCAUUUAAUAACUUAGAAAAGAAAAAGAUUACUAAAGAAUUAACUGUUGACCAAGUUGUUUGUCAAGCAUUGGAUUGUUUGCAAACAGUUACAUCAUCAGAAUUUAAAGCUACUGAUAUUGAGAUUGCAAUUGUAACUAAAGAUAAUAAACUUUUCCAUUUACUUUCACAACAAGAAAUUGAGCACUAUCUUGUUCUUGCAUCAGAGAAGGAUUAAUUAAGUAUAACAUCCCUUU